AUGAAAAAGAGUGAGCUGGAGAACUCGCCUUACCUGCGUGAUGACCAUCUUAUAAUUGAGUGUGAUCUCAGUGUGAUCAGCAAUGUGCCGCUUGUUGCCGAUACCAUGGAGAUCCAGGUGCCGCCAUCAGACUUGCCACAUAAUCUCGGAACAUGGCUUGAGACUGGCGAGGAAGCAGACGUGACAUUUAAUGUUAGAGGGGAGACUUUCCCUGCGCAUAAGGUCGUGCUUGCAAUGCGGUCACCGGUCUUCAAGGCAGAGCUCUAUGGACCGAUGGGAAAUCGGACGGAACGCAACUUAACCGUGGAAGAUAUGCAGCCUGCUGUUUUCAAGGAAUUGCUUCGCUUCAUCUACAAAGAUUCAUUGCCUUCUGUGGACAACCUCGAUGAUGACAUGGUUAAGCAUUUACUGGUGGCUGCAGAUCGGUACGCCAUGGAAAGGAUGAAGAUGAUAUGCGAAGGCAUUCUCUGCAGAAGCCUUUGUGUCGAGACUGUGGCAACCACGCUAGCUCUAGCUGACCAGCAUCACUGCAGCAGGCUCAAAGAAGCCUGCAUUGAAUUUAUCAUCUCUUCAAAUAGAAUGGCUGCUGUGGUUGCAAGCCAAGGGUAUGCGCACUUGAGAACAUCAUGCCCUGCUGUCUUAGGAGACAUCUUGGAGAGUGUAACAAAGUCUCGCACAGUUUAA